GGUAUUUAUUUAUAUAUUUGAUUUUUCUAUGCCUUUUUGUUGUUGGUUUGUUUUUGGUUUUGGCUUUGCUUUAUUUCUUUACGUAAAGUUGAGUCCAAGUUGAGACACUCCCACAAUUGCAAGAUAACCGCGACUGCGCGCGUGUUUCCAACGCUUCGAAUCGCAGAUCGUGUGCCGCGAGGCAGUGGAGGAGUCGCUGGGGGACACUCUACAGAGUACCCCCCUCAAGUUAUAGGGAAGCCUGCCUCUGGGUGCGUCGGGAACUGCUUUACAGUGAUUUCAUGGCACAGCAAUUCACACAGCACUUCAGUUUGACUUUGCCACUCGCUCCGCUUUGUGUUUUUCUUGAAUCGAGACUCGAUUCGCUCCGAUCUACUCGAUCUACGAUCUCCGGUCUCUCGUCUCUGGUCUCUGGUCUCUGGUCUGCCGCCCACCACAGAUCUCUCCUCUGUGGUUCUGUCUCCGUAAUCGCCCCAUUAGGCCGAGCAUCGAUAUACACAUAUUAUAUAAAAUGCGGCAUCUGUUGCUGUUGUUCGUACUCUACCUGGCUCUGUCGCUGGCCAAACCGGCCACGGAGGCGCCUCGCCUGCUCAUCGACUCUGCCCCCUCGGUGGUGUCCUACCAGGGCUCCUCCCAAACGCACACACGCUUCGUCAUUGCGCCUAUGGGCAGGGCCCUGGGCUACGUGGAGCCCACGAAUCUCAAUCGAACGUUCCACACGAUGCCCACGACUCGGGAGGAGGGCUCUGGCUAUGAUCUGCUCAAUCUGAGUCCAGUUUAUGUGCCGCAUAACUGAUUACGUUGCAUUAUAGAUUGUACGCUUAGAAAUAUCUAGUUGAAUUCGAGUAAAUAUAUGCCGGCGAUGCCUAAAACAAGGGAACAUUGGAUUUACUUGUCAUUUUUGACAUAUACUGUCACUAGCGGUGACUUUCACUUUCUAGCAGAAAUAGUCGUAGUAGGCUCUGUCUGUAGUAGUUGUCAUUAUUUGUGCUCCACUUUUCAUUCUAAAUACUAGUCUACUCGAAUAAUCAUCAAAUAAAAUGGAUAACCGAAAUAAAAGAAACGCUUCACGUACCGCUACCGGGCUCAGCGGCAGUAUGGUGCCGUUUUCAUUGAUGACUUUGCGCGAGAUGGAUGACAUAGAGGCCAAGGGGCAGGACGCCUCCGUAGACGCGUACGAGGCGAGCACGCGUGCCUGGCGCAACCAAUUCAAGAAUCCCAAUCUGGUCCCCAAUCCCAUUGGAAUGGAGUUCUCGAGCCAGCGCCGCCUAUCUGAGGGAUCUUCGGUGGGCACUAUUAGCCACUACUCGGAGAACGAUAAUUCCCCGGCAGCCACUCCUCAGCGCGCUGUCUCGGCCGAAUCUGACUGUCUGGUCGUCUCGGACCACGAUAAUCAAACACAGCGUCGCUCCCGUACCUCGGACACCUCCUUGUCCCGGAGCUUCCGCAUCUAAGCGGAGCCCAGUCGCAAAGCCAACUGUCGCACGGAUGCUCUGUAGAGCUGACCGUUUUUAUGGAGUGUAGUCGGUGCCUUCUCAUCUUUCUCUGUGCGGAAUUAAAUGUGCAUUUCAUCUUGUUUUAUUUGA